GCAGAGGGCAACAACAACGUUGGAGGAAGAGAGGAAACAAGUUGCUGGGAAGAAACAGGGUGUUUCGUUCCUGCCCAGCCAUGUGGUUGAAGGGGUGAUCAGACCAUAUGAGUGAGACACCCAGUUUCCUGCCAGAGAGAGCGGCAGAGCGAGAGAGCAGCGCACCCACACAAGAACAACGAGUAUACAGCGGAAAGCGACGUCGGCAGAGCGCUUUAGCCGACUAUUGCAGUACAUAAUGAAAUCGACGAAACCGAAAAUCAGAAACCAAACGGACCACUAGCGAGCUACAACUCUGCCACGGCUACACUUUACACACUCACGAUGUACUCCUCCACCGCCUCGCUCGCCGACACACACACACACAGCCGCGUGCGUGCGGAGAGAGGAAGUAAAAAAUAAAUAUGAAGACGAAAAAAAGCAAAGUGCAUCUCACCAUGACAAUGGCGGAACCAUAAAAACACAUGUUCCCAUCUUGAAUCGAAGCGAAUUCGGCGGCCCACCUCCAUCGAAAAAAUGAAAAUAAAAUAAAACGGGCGAAAAAAUCUGUAUACGCGAAAAAGUUGAGCUGCUAAAACAUGGAAACCUUGCAGUUAUCGAUUCGCCUCGCUCAUUGCGCAAUGAAAAAUAGAGGUCGCGGAGAGAGCCUCUCUCUUUUCGAGGCACCUGCAACGGCGAUAGGAAAUGCAAAUCCGCCUUCCACUUUCCAGCUCAAAAGUUCAAAGUUCAUAUGCAACUAUCAACUGGGUGCAGCGCAUGUCCGAGGUGCACCGAAAUCCCCGGACCGAAAAAAGGGAGCAACAAAACUGUUCGCCUUCCAGGCGCCGCAGGAAGAUUGGUGGCCUGGAAUUCUGCAGAUUGGAGUGAAUACCGUAUACAACGUUGAUCGAAUUAAAUUCGCAAUGGAAUCGAAGGUGCCUCCGGUCAUACCAAGUCGGCAGUAUAAUGCCAAUUAGUUGGGUUUUCGUACGUGGUCAGCAAAUUAUCAGAUAUUUGGGUUCCCCCUGUGUCACCUGACUUUUAAUGUGAUAAAUUAACCUUUGUAAAAUCAUGUGUACCCUUAAAACAAAAUUGUAUAAAUUGAAUUCUCAUAUUUGUCAAAUUUGUUGAGGAAGAUAUAUUUUUAAGCAAUUUUAAAGUAAAAAUUAAUGAAAACCUCUACUUGUUAA